UUUGCUGGAGAGAAAAGUCAUUAAUUUAAUAUACCACCAGAUCAGGCCAAUCCAUUAAAUUAAUUCAUUAAAAAUCAGCAAAUCCAAGUGAAAACGACAAACAACAAUUCCAUUUAUCGACGAAAACCCUUUCUCCACUGUCUCCAGUGGAUACAAUCCUUCGAAUCAAGUUGGGGAAGGUCAAGGUUCACGAGGGGAUGUCAGUGAGUCAACCACAAUGGCAGAUGUCCCAGCAGAGGCUCCAGAACAUUGUCCUGGGACGCAGAGUGACUCUGCAGGAAAGUCUUCAGCAUGUGCUGGAUGUCCAAACCAGAAUAUCUGUGCGUCAGGUGCCACAAAAACCCCAGACCCUGGCAUUGCCCUCGUGAAGGAACGACUCGAAUGUGUUAAACACAAAAUCCUGAUAUUGUCAGGAAAGGGUGGAGUUGGGAAGAGUACAAUGACAUCGUUGCUGUCAAGAGCAUUGGCAGCAGACGAUCCGGAGAGAAACGUCGCUGUUUUGGAUAUUGAUAUUUGUGGACCUUCACAGCCGAGAGUCCUUGGAGUGCUGGGGGAGCAGGUGCACCAGAGUGGGUCUGGGUGGUCACCGGUCUAUAUCGAAGACAAUCUAUCGUUGAUGUCCAUCGGGUUCCUCCUGGGGAGCCCCAGUGACGCCGUCAUCUGGAGAGGACCAAAAAAAAACGGAAUGAUUCGACAGUUUCUCUCGGAGGUCGACUGGGGAAACCUCGACUACCUCAUCCUGGACACACCCCCGGGUACCUCCGACGAGCACUUAUCAGCGACAACGUACCUCAAGGGCGCGGGAAUCACUGGAGCUGUGGUGGUGACAACUCCCCAGGAAGUUUCACUGUUAGACGUCAGGAAGGAGAUCGAUUUCUGCCGGAAGGUGAACAUUCCCAUCCUGGGAGCCAUCGAGAACAUGAGCCUCUUCGUCUGCCCCAAAUGCAAAAGCACAGCAGAGAUAUUUCCUGCCCUGACUGGAGGAGCUCGACGAAUGGCAGAGGAUCUGGAUGUUGAGUUUUUGGGAGCUGUUCCCCUGGAUCCUCUGCUCGCGAGGUGCUGCGACGAGGGGAAGAAUCCUCUGAUGGAUAUGCCAGGGUCACCAGCAAUUGCUGCUGUGAAAAAAAUUGUCUCUAGACUCGUCGAGAUGUGUGAAAAGCGAGGAGAGUAACACGACUGCUGAGUAAUUAAAGCUGGAGGUUAAUUAAUAUUAAUCAAUGAAGUGUACUAUUUUUAUGGAAAAUAAAUGUUGUAUUAUAAUCGA